AUAUACAUUUAUCGGCUUCGGCGUCGCUUGUGUUGUGUUUCUUCUUAUCACUUGUGCUCGUCUGUGACUCUCUCCGUGACUCUUCCGAUAAAAUUUGACAUCAGUAGACCCAAUCCAGAAAAGAUGUCUGAUACCGAAGCUCCAGUUGAGGUGAAGAAGCGUGGAAGACCCGCCAAGAAUAAGGAUGCAACCGUGGAGAAGGAGGCGAAAAAACGCGGUCAUUCGGCUUCCCCGACAAAGAACAAAUCGCCCGUGAAGGAGUCUGCCGGGGACAAUGAGAAUGGUGAGGCCCCGGCAAAGCGUGGCCGUGGAAGGCCCCCAAAGGGCUCCAAGGGCGGUGCUGCGGCCAAGAAGGCUGCCGCCGCCAAGCCCAAGGGAACCGGCCGAGGCCGUGGACGACCACCCAAGGCUAAGCCCCCAGCAUCAUCUGAGGACAACGACGAGGACGAAGAGGAGGAGGAGGACGAGGAGGCUUAAUCGGCUGGGGCUGAUUAUUUCGAGUAGCCGGAGCCCAGGACAUUUGGAUCAAUCCUACCCCACGCCAUAUAUUUCAUCAACGUACUGACAUUGAUACCCCCUGCCCCUGCCCCAAUCCUCAUUAAUUUUUUGAAUUACCACCACAGUGGACCCCAUCCUUAGCUCUUAAGAGGAAUUCUUCUUAGAUUAUAAUUAAAGAAAAAACCCGGGUAGGGAUUGCCUAUGUCAACAAUUUUAAAACAAGUAAACAAAUUCAGAAAAAGCAUUCUCUAAAUGUAAAUAAGGACACACUUUUCAGGAUUCCAGACAGAAUAAAAAAAAAAACAGAAUUAAUUCUAACAAAAGGAUGACCGAAAAAAUAGUUAAAAAAAAGAAUAAGAAAGAGAAUCAUUUAAUUUGUCUGAAGUGUCUUUUUUUCAUUAUUUUUGCUGCAGUGAAUGAAGCAAAAUCAUUUUGAGUAAUUCCGAAAAUUUUUACUUCUUAAUUUAACGUUCAAUAAACUGUAAAUGUAAAAUUAA